GAGAGAGAGAGAACACAAGGGAGAUAGAUUCAUCUGCGAGGGAGAGUUUAGAAGAACAGGAGAGAGACUUUGAAUGAAUUUGUGAUCAUAUUAUAUAUAUAUAGACACAGAAAAGAGUGAAGAGAACAAGGUGGUGAGAAAGAGAAUGGAAAGGGAUUGACCCAGACAGGCUGAGACUGAACACUGAGGGACAGAAUAAAGGAGGAUGAGAGAGACGGAGAGACAGAGAGAGAGAGAGAGAGAGAGAAACCGAGGGAGACGAGGGAGAGAGAAAGAGGCAUAGAGAAGCAAGAGGAACAAAUGAAACCUAUUGCUAAGGAGAGAAGUGGAAAUUGAAAGAGGGAGAGGGAGAGGGAGAGAUGCAAGAGUGGCUCAGUGCUGGGUGUUAACAAUAUCUGUUUGCUGCAAAAGGCUCUGGUUCAGCUCCAGGACUGCUUGCUGUUUCCUAUCCGACAGCAGUAGUGAUGUGAAUCAAUUCUUUUUUUUAUAAACAUCUGCAUCGCAUUCUCUCCUGUGCUGGGUGGCGGUAGUCAGGUUAUUGAACUGAUCAGUUACUGAAGGGAUUAUAUUUUUGAGCUGCACCUCAGGAAGGGAAGAGAAGAAAAGAAGGAAAAAAGAAAAGAAAAAGAAAGGGGAUCGACCCUCGCUCGGAGGCAGAGUGCGCAUUUGGAUAUUUAGUUUGCAGUAGAGUCGCGGUCUCAGAUGUGCUUUAAAAAAUAAACUCUGGUUGACCACCAGACUCAAUCUAUUUUCACGAAAAAAGAAAAACAAAGCUCUUUAGCUGGUGCAUCUGCUCGGAUGCAGCCACUCUCUCAGGGAUUGUGAAAGAAGAACACCGUGAUGGUUCUGGUACCGGACUGAGCUCAGGGGCUGGUCUGACUGGUUCCAGGAUGUCCCAGCCAGUGUCCAAGCCUAGGCCGGGGUCCCUGGUCGAGGCAGUCCAUCUCUUCCUGAAGCAUACCACCUUCCAUGGACUGCGCCACAUUUUCCUGUCCGGUUCGUACCCACGCCGGCUGGUGUGGCUCCUGGCCUUCCUGACGGCCCUGGCUCUCCUGUUCACCUGGUCAUCCAACCGCGUGCACUACCUCCUCUCAUCCCCCGUGCACAGCAAAACCCACAUGGUCUACGGCAAGCGCCUGGUCUUCCCUGCAGUCACUAUCUGCAAUCAGAACCGCGUCCUGCCGGCCCGCAUGGGCAAAACGGACCUAUUCCUGGCCGGGCAGUGGCUGGGGAUGCUGGGGAGGAACCUGCAGGUCCUGCCCGGGGUUCGGGAAUCCUUCUCCGGACCGGAUCAGCGCUGGGCAGCCUUCUCACGCCUCUUGAAUUUCUCUCACUUCCUCCCCCCGCCCCGGGACAGCCAUCCAUCCAUGAGGCAGCUCCUGGACAGGCUGGGGCACCAGCUGGAGGAGAUGUUGCUCUACUGCCGCUACCAGGGAGAGCUCUGCGGGCCGCGCAACUUCAGCACCAUUUUCACACGUUACGGGAAGUGCUACACCUUCAACUCGGGGCUGGACGGCAAGCCUCUGCUCAUGACCUUGAAAGGAGGGACAGGCAACGGGCUGGAGCUGAUGCUGGAUAUCCAACAGGACGAGUACCUGCCUGUAUGGGGCGAGACAGAUGAGACCUCGUUCGAGGCUGGGAUUAAAGUGCAGAUCCACACUCAGGAUGAGCCCCCCUUCAUCGACCAGCUGGGCUUCGGAGUGGCGCCUGGCUUCCAGACCUUUGUAUCGUGUCAGGAGCAGCGGCUGGUCUACCUCCCCCCUCCCUGGGGAGACUGCAAGUCAACGCCCAUUGACUCGGACUUCUUCGACACCUACAGCAUCACGGCCUGCCGCAUCGACUGCGAGACGCGCUACCUGGUGGAGAACUGCAACUGCCGCAUGGUGCACAUGCCAGGAGACGCCCCAUACUGCACUCCAGAGCAGUAUAAGGAAUGUGCUGAUCCUGCCCUUGAUUUCCUGGUGGAGAAGGAUAAUGACUAUUGCGUGUGUGAGACGCCGUGCAAUAUGACGCGCUACAACAAGGAGCUGUCCUUCGUACGCAUCCCCAGCAAAGCGUCCGCUAGGUACCUAGCCAAGAAAUACAACAAGUCCGAGCAGUACAUCGCGGAGAACAUCCUGGUUCUGGAUAUCUUCUUUGAGGCACUGAACUACGAGACCAUCGAACAGAAGAAAGCCUACGAGGUGGCAGGUCUGCUGGGAGAUAUCGGGGGGCAGAUGGGGCUGUUCAUCGGAGCUAGUCUCCUGACUAUCCUGGAGCUCUUCGACUACCUGUACGAGGUGGUGAAGCACAAGAUGCGCCGGGCCCUGUGUCGGAAACAGCACAAGAGGAACAAUAACGACAAGGGAGUGGUGCUGAGCCUGGACGAUGUGAAACAUCACGUCAGUCCCAUGCGAGAGCCUACAAGCCCCAUCCACGUACCCCGGCAACAUCCCACCUCAUCACUCUGGGCGGAGCAACUUCGAAGACUUCACGUGUUGAGCCAAUCAGAGCAGCUGAGGGAGGGGGCACCUUCCUAAAGUCAUAACAACCACAUAUCCAACACAGAGGAAGAGCACGGGAAAGACUGUCCCCCGUACUGGAAAAAUUUAAGGGACUAUUCCAGAAUAUAGAGGAAAAUACAUACAUUUGAGGAACUGUUCAAAAGACUCUACCAACUUUUAAAAGAAUGAAAGAAAAAAACAACACAAGCCGGAAACAGAGACGUGUAACUCAAGCGUUUGCUCCGGUUCCAGUUCCUAUAUUUUUUCUUUUCUAAUCUCAGACGGGCUGUGGCCGCUUCGUUAGAAACACCUGGACCCAGGGGCAGUAGUAACACAAUUGUCUUGCUUACGAAACUGCUUAGAAGAGCUCUCUAUUCCUUGUAGACGAGUUCAUUCGAAGGUAACGACGCUCCCCUCAUUACCAAGGUGUUGCUCUCUAUGCCACUGCAGCCUGCUCUGGUACUGGGAAUCUGCAGUGGAUUUCUUUAGGCAUGUAUCUGUUUCAGUUCUUAUGGAAACAAACAACAACACAGACAGCUGUUUUAUUUCUCUCCAGUAACUCCAGGGUUAUAGCUGGGCAAUAGCAGAGACAAAACCAGUCUGAAAUGGGUGUGGGCCAGCGUGUGUGUGUGUGUGUGUGUGUGUGAGCGUGUUACUUUGUGUAUGCAUGUCUCUGUGUGCAUGCACGGAUAAGUAUAUCAGUGUGUGUUUCUGUAUAUGUGUUUCUUUCUGUGCAGGUGUCUCUGUGGGUGUGUGUGGGUGUGCGCCUGUGCUUGUGAAUAAGUGGGUAACUACUCAUCUCCAUGGAAGCUGGAACAGUGUGCAUCCGCAUCUGUACAGCCUUCUUCAGGAAUAGCUUUGCUAUAGCAGUGAGCACGAUUAGCUGUGUUAGUAUGAAUGUCUGUCCAGUAUGUUAGAGUGUGGUUCUGCGUACGCGCUGUAUGUGUCUGUGCGAUUCUGUGUGUGUGCAUACAGUCCAUACACAGUCUCUUUAUCUCUCGAAUGAAUGAAUGCAGUAGCUGUCUGCAUACACCCCUGCACUAGUAAACUGAAAGAGGUAGCUAUCUCAGUGAGUUUUUAAACUGCUAGAAUAACUAAACAAUCAACAUGUAAAAUUAGACAGCAUUCACUUUGCCGCUGUAGGAUGUUUUGGCGUCAAGCAGUACACACAUACAAUUGGCAGCUAUUUAGGUUAUCGGUAUGAAUUUCACAAUAGCUUGCAUCUUAAUAUGUCUGUCUGUAAGUGUGUAUGUAUGUACAGUGUGUAUAUGCAUGAAGGUGUGUCGAUAUUGAGUCGAGUAGGGAAGGUUGUGUGUGUCUAUGCCGGUGUGUGUGCGUACAUACGAGUAUGCAUGGCUGUGUGGGUCGCAUUCUCUUGGGUGCUAACUCCCUGACCUCUUUUACUUGCUGCGAGCUGCAGGAAUAUCAGAUUCAGUAACAGCAGAAUGUAUCAGUUUAAUGAGACCCUCUGUAGAAAUGAGCAGGGAUCGGCUGCCAACCCUACAGAGGCCCAGCUGUCAUACAGGACAGAGGCAGGAUCGACGAAGUACAGGCAAGGGGCAAAACCAUCUCGUUCAGUCCGAGUCCUGGGUUCGAAAGCAGGUUCUCUGUCCUACCAAACAAUUCUGCUGCUCCCGGUUCAAGCUUCGGGCUCCGUCUGUCUGUCUAUAUCUGUACCUCUUCAUCUUCUGAAGCACAAACCUACCGCCAAUGUAGAGCAGAAUGUAACAAAUAUACUUAUUACUAUGAUUAUGAGUAUUAAUAGUAUCAUUAUUAUUAUAACUGUAUAUUGUAUUAUAUUACCCAACAGGUUUUUUUUUUUUUUUUUUUUUUUUUUUACAAAUAGAAAAAACCUUCAACAUAUCGCCUGAUAGUCUCAACAUAUUCUUGGAAAUAAUAAAAAGACUGACCAUAAAACCUGAGGUUAUUCAAAAGCUGCCAGUUUGCUAUCCUUGCUUUCAGUUUGUCUGAGUGGAAAUUCUCAUUGACACCCUUUUUCCUACCAUUAACCAACCAGCUGCUUCCCCCCUAUUGAUUUCCACGCACUACCCAUACAAUGGCAUGCUGUGUGUAAAUCACAUCGAUAGUGCAAGUAGAACGACUCCAGUCACUGCCUGUAUAAUUGCAUCAUGUUAAUUUCCCUAUCUAUGCUCAGCUGUUUAAAUGCCUGGGCUAUAUGGUUUGUUUUGUUUAAGUCUUGGCAGGGCAACCUCUCGUACUCCAUGGAGUUAAAAGUUUUGAAAAUAAAAAAAAAUAAAAAAACUUUUAAAAAACCGC